UGCCAUCAGGUUAUCUCAUCGCGUGACAGCAAAGCUCUAAUUUCUUCAACAGAUUCUGCAGAAUUACCAAUAAAAGAACAUGGUCAAGAUGUCAAAUCUAGGGACCACUCAAAACUAAAAGAAGAAAAAGGGAAAGAAAAGAAAUAUACUGCUGAAAGCUCCGGACCAAAGUCUAGGGAGCAUACACAGGAAGAUACAAAGGGUCAUGAGAAAAACAAAGAAAAAAGAAAUGAAUCUGAAUGCAUGCGGCCAAAGUUCAAAGAAAAACUCACAAGAUGAUGUGAAAUCCAGUGAAAAAUGGAAAGAGAAAAAAAAAUUAUUCUGAAAACUCGUGCUCCAAAUUCAAGGAAAGCAUACAUGAAGAUGCUAAAAGCAGAGAAAAGAAAAAUGAUUCUGAACAUGGUCGAACUAAAUCUAGGGAAAAUACUGUAGAUGAGAAAAGCCAUGAGAAAGGUAAAGACAAGAAAUACAUGGCUGAACGCUCUCGAUCAUUAUCUAAGGAAGGCUUCCAGGAGGACAUGAAAGGUAAUGAAAAGUAAAAGAAAAGAAAGGUGAAUCUGGGAACUCCCGAUCAAAAUCCAGAGAGAAAUUGCAUGAUGACACAAGAAGUCAUGAGAAAGUCAAAGAGAAUCAAAAUGAAUCUGGAAUCUCUCGGUCAAAAUCAAAGGAAACUGUACAGGAGGAUGUUCGAAAUAAAGAUAAACAGAAGAACUUUGAAAAUUCACGGUCAAGAUCAAAGGAAGAUUUGCAAGAAGAUAAAGCAAGAGAGAGGAAAAUAGGAAAGAGAAGAGAAUCUGAAAGCUCCUUGUCAAAAUAUAAGGAAAGAGUUGAUGGCUCUCGAUCCAAAACAAAGGAAAGCAUUGAAUUGUCACGAUCAAAGUCCAAGGAAGAUGAUGAAUAUAUUCAAAAAGGAAUGGAGAAAAAGCAUGAUUCUGAAACUGCUCGCUUGAAAUUCAAGGAACAUUCGGAAAUCGCUAGAUCAAAAUCCAGGGAAAAAUUGCAGGGAGAUGUUCAAAAUGAAGAGAGAAUAGAAAAGAAGCGUGAUUCUGAAAACACUCGACCUAAGUCUAAGGAUAAUGUUGAUGCCUCUCGGUCAAAAUCCAGGGAAAAAGUGCGAGAUGCUGUCCAAGGUGAAAAAAGAAUGGAAAAGAAGAAUAGUUCUGAAAAUGCUGGUGCAAAACCGAAGGAAUAUUCAGAAAGCUCGCACUCAAGAGUAAAAGAAAAGGGGCGAGAUUCUGCUCAGGGCACUUUGAAAGGAAUUGACAAGAAGCAUGACUUUAAAAUCAGACAUUUUGAAAAAUCACGUUCAAAAUCCAAAGAAGACUUGCAGGAAGAUAACACAAAGAAGAUGGAAAGAAAAUGCGAAUUUGGAAGUACUCGGCCCAAGUCUGGGGAACGCUCUGAACAUUCACGAUCAAAAUCUAAGGAGCAUUCUGAUAGUUCCCGAUCAAAACACAAAGACAGGGUGCAGGAAAAUAUUCAAAUCAAUGAAAAAGGAACGGACAGGAAGCACAAAUAUGAAAAUACUCUUUCAAAAUCCAUGGAACAUUCUGAAACAUCUCACUCAAAAUCCAGUGAGAAAGGAAAGGAAAACAUUAAGGACUGUGAAAAAGGAAAAUUAAAGAAGAAUGAUUUACAAAAUGUUCAAUCUAAAUCUAAAGACAUUUCUGAAACUAUGCAAGCAAAGUCCAAAGAAAAAAUACAAGGCGAUCGGAAAGGAUUAGAGAAGGAUGAUGUUGAAAAUAUUGGGUCAUGUUCUAAGGAUCAAGUGCAAGAACUUCAGGGUAAUGUGAUUUUAGAAGAAAAAGCGAUUAAGUCGCCAACUGCUAUGUCCAAGCCUGAAACAAUGGAAGAUGAACAAAGCAGAGAGAAGAACACUAACUUUAUAAAUGUGGCAAACAAUGAGGAGCAGACAGAAAUUGCCAAAAGUAAUGAAACAGACGAGAGAAAUAAAGUGGGGAAUGAUCAGUCAGGAUCCAAAGCUCACCUGAAAACAAAUAUUAAAAGUAAUGAGAUAGUAGAAGAAAAAAAUGGUAUUCAAAGUUUGGAAUUAAAAGAGAAUCAUUUGGAAGAAAAUGAAAUAAGUGAUACAAAAGAAAAAUCUGAAAAUACGCUGUCAGGAUCAAAUGAAGAUCAAACUGAUCAGAUUGAUGAUAAAAAAAGAACUGAAACAGAAAAUUCCCAGUUGAACUCAAAAGAGAGCAUAUCAGAUAGUAAGGAAAUUCUGCACAACACUCCAGGAAAUUUAGUGGACAUAGAAAGUUUGAUAAAAGCUGAAGACAAAUUAGAGGAAAGAACAAAAGUCUUUGAAGAUGAAAAGAAUGAAGCGGGACCUUUGAAAGAUAUAAACAUGGGAGAAAAGGAGAUUGAAAUUGUACAAAACACUGAAUGUAAAACAUUUUUAGAUGAAGAACAAAGUAAAAAAAUAGCUCAUGACCAACUCGUAAGACCAAAUAAGGUAAAUAUUCCUCCAAAUGUGGAACAACAUGAAUCUUUAAAUACCCCUUGUGAGACCAUUUCCCCUGGUACACCAACAAUGAAUGAUGCUGGGCUUCUCCAUUCAAUUGCUAAUAAAGCACAGUUUGUUCAUUAUGAUCCUUCUUCACCGGCUACUCCAACACUCGAUGAAACAUUUAGCUAUGAGGCACCUUCUAGUGUACCGGAAUCUGUUGUACCCUCUGUGGAAAGUCCUGGAAAGCAAAAGGCUCAUAGUUCAGAAAAUGUUGCAGAAGAAUUGGGUGACAAGCAUCAAGAUGAAGAAAUGGACUCCAAAUGCGAUUCUUCAAAAGUGGAGUCACAAGAAUUGCCAGUACACCAGGAUGUCCUGCCAGAAAUCAACACAAGUGCCAAAAGUGAAUUGAAAGAUGAAGAUGUUACUGGUGAAUCUGUCAAAGGUGCUGAAGAGCAAAGUUCCACUAAAAGAGAAAGGAAACCCAAGCGUCCAUACACUCCAGUAGAAAAUUCUCCUAAAAGGAGACUACUUCAAUCAGAGGCAGAAUCUGCAGCGGAUGAACCUGUUGAAGCUGUAUUAGUUCAAGUACAAGAUGAGGAAAAAGCAACACAAUCUCGAGGCAAAAUUACAUCAAAGGUUGAAGAAAAAGCAAGAAACCAGACAAAUGAUGCGAGUAGCCAGAAUAAACCAAACACUCGUGCAGCAAAGAAAGUAAGUAAUCAAGAGCAUUGGUCAGUACCUGAACGAGAACGACGUUCAUCGACUUUGGCAAAAGAGAAACUAACACCAGAUUCAAAGGCAGGAAAAUCUUCAGCAACAGUAUCAGUGACAAGAUCACGAAAUCAACCAUCCCCUGUGAUUAAACAAGGACGUAAAAGAGAAGCAAGUCCAGAACGCAAAAGAAAGCAAAAAACAGAAGUGCCACCAAAACGAACGAGGCGAUAACUCAGAGUGUUCGAAGUUGCCACUUUAACUCAACAAAAUUAGUUAUGUACAUUUUAUAUUAUAAAUUAUAUUUGUUGUAGUAAUCUAAGGGAAAUGAAGUCAGUAUUGAUAGGUUAAUACUGUCUUUUUACUGUACUUUUGUGUUGUAUAUGAUAAAUGCAAACAUGUUGUGCUUUUACCUGUUGUAUCUUGCAAUUUUAAGUACAAAGGUUUUUCAUUCUAUGAAUGUAUUUUAUUUUUACCAAAUCCUAUUUAAUAAAAUUGUUUGCUGAAAGUAAGCAACUGAGGGAUGCAGCCAUUCACAGUAUAAUUUUGUACAUUGUACAUUCCUUGAUGUUCCCUGUGUUAUAUUCUUGGAGUGAGUAACAAACUAUUUUGUACUCAUACACGACUACUGAGCAUGUUCAGCUGCUUUAUAAUAAAACAUAUGUGCUCAUAUGGUGCUUUAUCAUGUAGAUACACCUGCAAUCAUUUGAUGAGAAAGAUAAUCUCAAUAAACAUUAGGUAACUUAGGUGAAGAUUGUAAUGAAGAUCAAAUUUUGAAAUCAUAAACUGUCAUAAUGCUUCCAUGAAACUUUCAUAAUAGUUUCGAGUUCUUGGCUGCAUGUUCUGACCAUCAUGCUGCAGACGAUGAGCUGGCUGAUUUGGAGCUAGGAUUUCAUGGUUACUCCAAGCUUGAUAGUUUCCUCAAUGAAAAAUUAAAGUCGGGCUUUAAAAUUAAAUUUAAAAUUAAAAUUUGCUUCUGUCCAAAAAAUAGUAUUUUAUAAUUUUCUACAUUUUCUUAAAAUUAAAAUUGUUUACUACAA